AUGUUAGAUAAUUCUUUAUUGGAAGUUAGUCCAAUUGAUAACGGAAGAAAAAUUCAAAAAAAUAACCAGUUAUUUAAUGAUUCAAUCCAUUUGAAACCAACAAUUCAUUCACCCGCUCACGAUAAUAAUUCUGAAUCAGCUCCUGUUUGCAAUAUUGAAUAUCGUGAAUUGUCUAUAAUUAGGUUUAUAUCAAGUGGAGGUUUUAGUGACGUUUAUAAAGGACUAUAUAAGAAGAAAUUUGUAGCAGCGAAAUUUGUUAGCCGUGGAAAUCCUACACAAUUAAGAGAUUUCGAUCGUGAGGUGCAUCAUAAGCCAAAUUUACCUAUAAUUGUUGUAGAAGAUUAUACCAACAAAUUACAUGAUGAAAGUUUCACAAACAAUAUGCAAAUAUGUAGCUACACAACAGCAGAAUUAAAACAAGCUAUCACUAUAGAAUCGUUUAAACCAUUGUUCGAAAGUGUUUGUCAGCUUGAAAAAAAUUGGAUGCAAUUUUGUAAUGUGCAACUUAAUGGAAAAAUUUCUGAAGUAUUAGGUGAAUGUAUUAUGGAGACAAAACACAAUGUUGAAAAACUUAAAAAGCGAAAGAGCAACAUUGCUUCAUUCGCAACAUUAGAGAAUUAUAGAUGCUUUCAGAGACUUUUGCAAAAUAUCACAGACAUCAAAGAUUUUAUUUGUAACAUUUCUCAAAUCGGAGGAUUAACAUCUUAUAUCCAAGAGACUGACCAUGGAAUUUUAUUGGACAAACUAAAAGAUAAAUAUGAUGAAUUAUUAAAGGAAUUUAAAAAUUUUAUUACCGAAAUUAAGAAUGCUGCUACUAAUGAUAGUAUAUUUGCUGACCUACCAAUAGAUUCACUAAAUGAACCCAAAAACGAUGGAAAUAUUAGAGUCGAAAAAUACUGCUAUUCAUCUGAUUCCCAUGAAACAAACAUGUUGCGUAUACAAAUAACACUUUUAAAAAAUUUAGAAGGUUCAAUACAUAUACAUACAGAAUGGUCAAACUAUGGAAAUUUAAAAAUGUAUUAUAAUCAAUACAAACCUUUAAAUAUUUCAAUCAAGAUAAACAUUGCAUUCGACAUAUGUAAUGGAUUGGUGUUUCUAAAUGCUGUGAACUUUUUGCAUCGAAACAUCAGAUCUGAAAAUAUUUUGAUUACAAAUGAUCAUAGAGCUAAACUCACAAAUUUUUGUUAUAGCCGAUUAACUGCGAAUGAUUCGAGAAAAAUAAAUCUCAAAGAUACUGGAAUAGAAUAUGUAGCACCGGAAAUUUUAGAACGAA